CCCCGGCGGUUAGUGCUGAGAGUGCGGAGUGUGUGCUCCGGGCUCGGAACACACAUUUAUUAUUAAAAAAAAAAUCCAAAAAAUCUAAAAAAUCCUUCGAAAAAACUAAAAAAAAAUAAUAAUAUAUAUAUUUUACAAAAAAAAAUUCCGCGUCUCCCUCCCCUCCGCCGGAGACUUUUUAUUUUUUUUUUCUUCUCUCCUUCCUCUUUUAUAAAAUAACCCGGUGAAGCAGCCGAGACCGACCCGCCCGCCAGCCAGAGCCAGCCAGCAGAGCCCGCCCGCCCGCCCGCGGCCCCGCAGCUCUCCAGCAGGAACCCAGAGAUCGAGGCCUUCCUGCCGCCCGCCCGGACCCCAGCACCGCCCAGCCUCGCCUCGCCCCGGUUCCACGGCCGUUGAGGACGCGUCGGUUCCGGUUGAAUUUUGUCCCUCCGCGCUCGCCCCCGCUCCCCUCCCCCCGGGCUCCGCCGGCCCCCCGCCCCGCACUCGCUCUCCUCCUCCUCCUCCUCUCACGGGAAAGGUCGCGGCCUGCGGCCCCGCGGGCAGCCGUGCCGAGAUGAACCCCAGCGCCCCCAGCUACCCCAUGGCCUCCCUGUACGUGGGGGACCUGCACCCCGACGUGACGGAGGCGAUGCUCUACGAGAAGUUCAGCCCGGCCGGGCCCAUCCUCUCCAUCCGGGUCUGCAGGGACAUGAUCACCCGCCGCUCGCUGGGCUACGCGUACGUGAACUUCCAGCAGCCGGCCGACGCGGAGCGUGCUUUGGACACCAUGAAUUUUGAUGUUAUAAAGGGCAAGCCAGUUCGCAUCAUGUGGUCUCAGCGUGAUCCAUCACUUCGCAAAAGUGGAGUAGGCAACAUAUUCAUUAAAAAUUUGGACAAAUCCAUCGACAAUAAAGCACUGUAUGAUACGUUCUCAGCAUUUGGAAACAUCCUCUCGUGUAAGGUGGUUUGUGAUGAAAAUGGCUCCAAAGGCUAUGGGUUUGUCCACUUCGAAACACAGGAAGCUGCGGAAAGAGCUAUUGAAAAGAUGAAUGGGAUGCUUCUAAAUGACCGGAAAGUGUUUGUUGGACGAUUUAAGUCUCGCAAGGAACGCGAAGCAGAACUAGGAGCCAGGGCAAAGGAGUUCACCAACGUUUACAUCAAGAACUUUGGAGAAGACAUGGAUGACGAGCGCCUUAAAGAUCUCUUCGGCAAGUUUGGGCCUGCCUUAAGUGUGAAAGUGAUGACCGAUGAAAGUGGAAAAUCCAAAGGGUUUGGAUUUGUAAGCUUUGAGAGGCAUGAGGAUGCACAGAAAGCUGUGGAUGAGAUGAAUGGAAAGGAGCUCAAUGGAAAACAGAUUUAUGUUGGUCGAGCUCAGAAAAAAGUGGAACGGCAGACAGAACUUAAGCGCAAAUUUGAGCAGAUGAAGCAAGAUAGGAUCACCAGAUACCAGGGUGUGAACCUUUAUGUGAAGAAUCUUGAUGAUGGCAUCGAUGAUGAACGUCUCCGCAAAGAGUUCUCUCCGUUUGGUACAAUCACCAGUGCAAAGGUCAUGAUGGAGGGUGGCCGCAGCAAAGGGUUUGGUUUUGUGUGUUUCUCGUCUCCUGAAGAAGCCACUAAAGCAGUUACAGAAAUGAAUGGCAGAAUUGUGGCCACAAAGCCACUAUAUGUAGCUUUGGCUCAGCGCAAAGAAGAGCGCCAGGCUCACCUCACUAACCAGUAUAUGCAGAGAAUGGCGAGUGUGCGAGCUGUGCCCAACCCUGUGAUCAACCCCUACCAGCCAGCACCUCCUUCAGGUUACUUCAUGGCAGCUAUCCCACAGACUCAGAACCGUGCUGCAUACUAUCCUCCUAGCCAAAUUGCUCAACUAAGACCAAGUCCUCGCUGGACUGCUCAGGGUGCCAGACCUCAUCCAUUCCAGAAUAUGCCCGGUGCUAUCCGCCCAGCUGCUCCUCGACCACCAUUUAGUACUAUGAGACCAGCUUCCUCACAGGUCCCACGAGUCAUGUCCACACAGCGUGUUGCUAACACAUCAACACAGACCAUGGGUCCGCGUCCUGCAGCUGCUGCUGCUGCAGCCACCCCUGCUGUCCGCACCGUGCCCCAGUAUAAGUACGCUGCAGGAGUCCGCAACCCCCAGCAGCACCUGAACGCACAGCCGCAGGUCACCAUGCAGCAGCCGGCUGUUCAUGUGCAAGGUCAAGAGCCUUUAACUGCUUCCAUGUUGGCAUCUGCCCCUCCUCAAGAGCAAAAGCAAAUGUUGGGUGAACGGCUGUUUCCUCUUAUUCAAGCCAUGCACCCCACUCUGGCUGGUAAAAUCACUGGCAUGCUGUUGGAGAUCGAUAAUUCAGAACUACUUCAUAUGCUUGAGUCUCCCGAGUCUCUCCGCUCAAAGGUUGAUGAAGCUGUAGCUGUACUACAAGCCCACCAAGCAAAAGAGGCUGCCCAGAAGGCAGUGAACAGUGCCACUGGUGUCCCAUCUGUUUAAAUUGAUCAGGGACCACGAAAAGAAACUCGUGCUUCACCGAAGAAAAAAUAUCUAAACAUCGAAAAAUUUAAAUAUUAUGAAAAAACAUUGCAAAAUAUAAAAUAAAUAAAAAAAGGAAAGGAAACUUUGAACCUUAUGUACCGAGCAAAUGCCAGGUCUAGCAAACAAUGCUAGUCCUAGAUUACUUGAUUUUAAAACAACAAAAAAUACAAAAAAAUAGUAAAAUAUAAAAACAAAUUAAUGUUUUAUAGACCCUGGGAAAAGAAUUUUCAGCAAAGUACAAAAAUUUAAAGCAUUCCUUUCUUUAAUUUUGUAAUUCUUUACUGUGGAACAGCUUGGGACGUCAGCUCUGUUUCAAGUAGCGGAGCUGAUGACUGAGCAAGGAAACGUAAUUUGGAUUAUAAAAUUCUUGCUUUAAUAAAAAUUCCUUAAACAGUG